AUGGGCGGUGAGAUUACACCAAUCGCUCUCCCCAACUCAAAGCAGUUCUAUCUGGAGAACGAACGGGGAGAAACGUACUUGAUCCAGAUAUCUUGGCCACUGCAUUGGCAAGACGACCGCAUUACUGACCGUGGUCCGCUCCCCAUUCUAUACAUCGUCGACGGGAAUGCAUUGUUCCUGACAGCGACAGAAGCUGCGUGGCGUCGGGCAGCCUCAUCUCACUUCGCGGGCGGAGGCAUUAUCGUGGCGAUCGGCUACCCGCUGACCGGCAAGCUGUACGAUACUUGCCGCCGCAGCCUAGACCUUACGCCGCCCACGGAGAGUCCGAUCCCCGGAUACGGCGGAGCGGACGAGUUCCUGGACUUCAUCAACAACACUGUGCGUCCUGCAGUGAAGGCCCAAUUCCCGCACCUCAGCUGCUCCCGUGAAGCCCUCUACGGCCAUUCAUAUGGGGGUCUGUUGGCCCUUCACGCCCUGUUCACACGCCCCGACUCGUUUGACUGUUACAUGGCUAGUAGUCCCUCCAUCUGGUGGAAUAGUCGGUGUAUCCUGAAGGAAGCCAGGUCGUUUCUGGAGAAAGGGCGCGCUUCCGAGAAUGGGCGUUCACCGUCUCUCAUGACCUUCUUUGGCUCCUUCGAGCAGAACACCCCUCAGUGGAACGAUGAGCCGCUCGAUCAAUAUGAGGGGCGCAAGCAGAUCGCGGCAGAUUUGAGGAUGGGGGAUAAUGUCAUUGAGCUCUGCGAGAUGCUGCGAGACUCUGUGAGGUUACACAGUGUGUCGUUGCAUGAGUAUGAAGGCGAGGAGCAUAUAAGCGUGAUUUCAUGCUCCAUGAGCCGCAGUUUGACUAUGUUCUUCGAGGAUUGGCCUCUACUUCAUUAG